AACAUAGUGAGUGUGUGAGAUGAAUGUGUGCAUGUGUGUGUGUAGUUAGUGAAUCUAUUCCACGCUGAGGGCGACAGUGGAUCGUCGUGUAGGAGCGUUUUGUUCCAUUCAUUGUCGUGCCGUGGGUUGUUGUACCAUCAUCUGUCUCAGGACGUGAAAACUUUCCAAGUGCAUUGGAAAUCGGCAUUAUUAUAUUAUUAUUAUAAUUUGAUUUGUUUUUUCCCCACACCCAUCGUGGCGGGCUGGGGGUAGUGUGGGAGGCUGCAGAUGCUGUGGAGAAGUUCACGGGAGAUAAUGUAAACAGCUGACCGUGGAAUAGCUCCACGAAGGGGAUAAGUGAGUGUGUAACCCGGUGUUCCAGCGGUGUCAGCCUGCAGAAUGGGAUCCAGUGUGUUGAUGUGGUGAAGCAGCCUUCAGAUCGGCCCCUGUAGCUGUGAUCCGGACUGCUUUAGUGUGGAUGUAAACACUUCCAGCUCGGAUACUGUCACCGCUUUGCACCAGCCUCCAGCCUCCGGGUUCCUGCACGCGAGUGACCGCGCGCGACUGCACAAACAGCGGCUCGCGAUGACUGAAAGCCCCGGCACCACCAGUACCACCAGCAGCACCAGUACCACAAAGCCGGCCAACGGAGGAGUGUGUCAGCGAGUAAAGAACGGGCUGAAGGCGGACAGAAACGGCUUGGUGAAGAGCCUCCACCGAUGCCACGAGCAGCUGGUCAAACACCGGAGGCACCGCGAGGAGGAAGAGGAGGAGGAGGAGGAAGAGGAGAUCCAAGGAGGGCAACAUCAUGGUGGCCUGUACAAGCGGCCUUUCGUUGAGUCUUUCGAGGAGACACCCAUGUUGGUGGCAGUGCUCACCUACAUGGGCUACGGCAUCCUGACCAUCUUUGGCUACCUCCGAGACUUCCUCCGCCAAUGGAAGAUCGAAAGAUGCCACAUCGCCAGGGAGAAGGAGGAACAAAGGGACUUUGUGCCUCUCUACCAGGACUUUGAGAACUUUUACACCAGAAACCUCUACAUGCGAAUCAGAGACAACUGGAACCGGCCCAUAUGCAGUGUCCCGGGAGCCAAAAUGGACCUGAUGGAACGGGCGUCGCACGACUAUAACUGGACAUUUGAGUACACGGGUCGGGUAGUGCAUGAUGUGAUCAAUUUGGGAUCAUAUAAUUACCUCGGCUUCGCGGAGAAUACUGGUCCGUGUGCUGAGUCUGCAGCUGAGGUCACUGUGAAGUACGGUGUUGGAGUCGCUAGCAGUAGGCAGGAGAUUGGAAACCUGGACAGACACGAGGAGAUGGAGAAACUGGUGGCGAAGUUUCUGGGUGUGGAGUCAGCCAUGGCCUUUGGGAUGGGGUUUGCAACCAACUCUAUGAACAUACCAGCGCUGACUGGCAAGGGCUGUUUGAUUCUGAGUGAUGAACUGAACCAUGCCUCUCUGGUCCUGGGAGCCAGACUGUCCGGUUCCAUCAUCAGAGUCUUCAAACACAACAAUAUGCAGAGCCUUGAGAAACUGCUGAGAGAAGCCAUAGUCCACGGUCAGCCCAGGACUCACAGACCAUGGAAGAAGAUCCUCAUAGUGGUGGAGGGUAUUUACAGCAUGGAGGGCAGUAUAGUACGCCUACCAGAGGUUAUUGCCCUGAAGAAGCACUACCGGGCCUACCUUUAUCUAGAUGAGGCCCACAGCAUUGGUGCCCUGGGGCCCAGGGGAAGAGGUGUGGUCGAUUACUUUGGUCUAGACCCCUGUGACGUGGAUGUCAUGAUGGGCACUUUUACCAAGAGCUUCGGUGCAGCAGGAGGAUAUAUUGCAGGGAAAAGGGAGCUCAUAGAAUACCUGCGCUCCCAUUCCCACAGUGCAGUCUACGCCACCUCUAUGUCUCCUCCUGUGGUGGAGCAAAUCAUCACUUCUAUGAAGUGCAUUAUGGGAGAGGAUGGCACAACAAUAGGCUGUGAACGUGUGCGACGCCUGGCAGAGAACACAGUCUAUUUUCGCAAGAGGCUUCGAGAAAUGGGCUUCAUUAUCUACGGCAACAAAGACUCGCCAGUCGUACCCAUGAUGCUCUACAUGCCCGCCAAGAUAGGAGCGUUUGGCAGAGAGAUGUUGAAGAGGAACAUUGGGGUAGUGGUUGUGGGCUUCCCCGCUACCCCCAUCAUAGAAUCCCGGGCACGCUUCUGUAUCUCAGCCUCCCACUCGAGAGAGCUGCUUGACAAGGUUCUGGGUGCCAUCUGUGAGGUGGGCGACGUCCUUCAGCUCAAGUACUCCCGACACAGAAUACAGCCAUCUCUGGUUCGACCGUUUGACGAUAGCGUCUAUGAGGACAUUGACGACUGAUGAAACGCUCCUCUUCCGAAGUGGGUCGAACCAGAAUAACCCCAGAAAACACAAAACGGGUCAAGAUGGAUUAAAGUCUUCCACAAGGACCAGGAUGUGCACAGGUGCCCCUUACCACUAAGCUUGCUCUUAUGUAACCUCCCCCAACAAAAGAAAAAAC